UCUCGCAAGACUAUGCCGCACUGUUUGGCCAGACCCAGGGUGGACCGGGAGGCAAGCAGCGUGGUGAUGAGUACGGUCUAUCGGCCUUGACGGCCCUGGCACAGGUUGCAGCCGCAUCCGGUCUCUCCAACUCGCAGAUCAACGAAACGUUACUUCACAGUCUCAAUCGCAGCAUGUCGUCGAAGGGAGGAACCGGUACUGGACCAACGUCUAGCGUGCCAACGCUCACUUCGAACACUGGCUCGACGGUCUCGAGCAAUGCCGGUGGUAGUGGAGGAGGUAGUACGGGAACCGGUUUACCGCCGAUACCGAACAUGAAGGAGUUCAUGCAGCAGCUAGAGAAGGGCAAUCUCAGCCUACUGAUGCAAUCGCAGUAUGGCAAUCCGUUGGUCGGAAUGGGUGGUAGUAUGCCCGGUGUUACGGGUGCCGGUACACCACCACCCAAUACCUCUAACACGGGAGGUACUGGUGGUGGUGGUGGUGGUGGUGGUGGUGGUAGUGGAGGAAAAUCGGGUCGCUCCUCCAGCAAGGCGUCCCGGGCGAAAGCCAAUCAACAGGCUGCGGCUGCCGCAGCUGCAGCCGCAGUAGCAGCCCAACAGCAGCUCCAGCAAGCGCAGCAAGCGUUGCUGCAACACCAAUCGAUGAUGGAUUAUGCCGACUUCUCGAGCAAAUUCGAUCAAAGCAAGCUUGCCGAUCUGAUGAAGUCGCCCGAGUACUCGCAGAUGCUGCUGCAGCAAGCCCAGGCCCUCGGCAGUCUCGGCAGUGAAAUUUCGAUCGUGAAGAAAUCGGGCAAGGGUGGUGGCAAUGCGAACAAUCGUGAUUCGCAAAACAAUAGCAGCAGUGGAGCAGGUGCAAACUACGGAGCAGGAAGUAACGCACACAGUGGUAUGGGCGGUGGCCACCAUCAUUCACCUUCACCGUCGCACAUCGGUGGCGGCAGUUCAUCGUCAUCCGGUGCGUCCUCGAAGAAGGACAAUCAAGCGCAAGAGUUGAUCGCAAAGCUGCGGACCGUCUUCUCGACCGACUCGUUCUUGCCACCGAUGCCAACCUCGGCCGAUGUCAAUCUGCUGGUGGAGCAAUCGCAAAAGUAUCCCGUCAUCAAUCAGAUUCUCAACUCGGGCAACCUGGAAGACAUUCAGGUGCUGAUGAAGGCACAAUCGUUGUCGAACAAUUCGCUCGAUUUUGCCGCCUUCAUUGGCCAUACGGGUGGCAACUCUGGCGGUGGUACGAAUGGAAACUCGAUCGGAGGAGGAGCAGGCCAUGGAGAACCAUCGUCCUCGUCGUCAACGUCCGGUGGAAAGAGUGGUAAAGGGAACAACAGCAGCAACAGCAGUAACAAUGCGAUGAAAGAUGAUGGCGGUAUGGCGGCUGCUGCAGCCGCAGCCGCGGCCAUGAACCCGUACUUGGGUGUUUCCAAUCUGUCGGCGUUAUUCGAACCGAUACAGCGAUCCGGUGGCAAGGGCAGUAAAGCGGACAAAGCUGCCAAGGCGGCAGCUGCAGCUGCAGCGGCUGCUGCGGCCGCCGUUAGUAGCGCCUCGAUGACGAAUCCAACCGAUAUGCUCAACAGUCUCUUCACAACGGCCGUCGGUGGUGGUGCUGGUGGUCCCGGAGCGGCCGACAUGAAUGCGCUUCUGUAUAGCCAGGCGGCGGCAGCAGCAGCUGCCGCUACCGGUGGUAAAGGAGGUCCCGAUUUGAACCUUCUCUUCGGAGCGAGUGGAACGGCCGGACUAGGAGGUGCACUCGGUGGCAACCAAUCGGCCGCUGGUUCUCCCGGUGGUUCUGGUGGUUCCGGUGGCAGUGGUGGUAAAGCAGCGGCUGCUGCAGCUGCUGCCGCGGCAGCCAGUCUGGACUAUCUGUCCAUGUUUCCCAAUUUCUCCGCUGCCGCGGCGGCCGCCAAGCUACCCGACAUGUCCGCCCUGUUCAACCAGGAAAAGUACGAAAUCCCGGAUCCGAUGGCCAAGGCAACGCUCGAAGCGAACAACAUGUAUUUGGCUCCGUCGGCCUCGCUGCUCAAGCUGCACCAGGAGGCGUUCAAUUCGAUGCUGAUGAAACCACCGAAGUCCUCGUCCAGUUCAACCACCUCUUCCUCGGGCAAGAUCGAUACACCGCCCCUGGUACCAUCGUCUGGUGCUGGUGGUGCCGUUUCCUCCGGGUCGAUUCUACCUUCCUCAUCGCCUGGCGCUCGCUCCACUCCGACGAAAUCGGCCAACCGGGAAAGCCCGUCCCUCGUAGAUGGACGUGGCAGCGGAGGGGGUAACUCGAAGUACAACUUCUCCGCCGUAGAUCUGGCCGUUUCGAGCGUCGUCCCACUCGCUGCCAGCUCACCGAUCGGUGGUAGUGGUGGUGGAGGUGGUGGUGCAGCCGAUCUGUCCCGUAAAGCACCGCAAACACCGCCCGUCGACAUGUCCCGCUCGUCACCGGCCAUUCCUGCCACCGCCAGUUCACCAGGUGCCGGUUCAUCGUCCUCCUCGUCCGGAAUACUGCCACCGUACAAGAAGCGGAUGGAGUUCGCCUCGAUUGCCGAUCUGGUCGCUGCGCCUCCCGCCAAGAUACCGAAAAUGUCGACGGAAAAUCUGGAUCCGUAAAAUGGGACAACUACUAUGGGAUUCGGUUUUUGGACCGGAUUUUCUCCCGAGUAGAAUUAGUAUUUAAGGGCUCGAUCGUAGGAACACACACCACCUCAACAGCAUACAACAGCCAGAUCCCUUCUUCUUCUAGUAUUCUAGUGUAGUUUCAGAAGCGCUACAGCCGGCAUCCAGCGAUCGGUGAGAGGUUGGUCAAUGAUUGAAAGUAUUGGAAAGGCCGGUGUAUUGUAUUGAAGGACGAUAAGUGAGAACAAGCUCGAAAGGGUGGAACGAAUACGCGGAAUGAUCUAGAGUGUAGAGCAACGGAUGAAUCUCAGUAGCAGUUGAAUAGCACAGAGUUGUCUGCAGACCCGGUUUGGCAACUGCAAAAACA